ACGAGCUUUGCAGUCCAACACGCAGCAGUAGAAGGGACGACAAAGCCAACGAGCUAUCUCUCUCUCUCUCUCUCUGUGUCCUCCUCGCCUGAGCCAUGAGCCUUUUGGGGAUAGGCAGAAACCAAAGAACAUUUCGCCCAAAAAAGAGUGCACCUUCGGGGAGUAAGGGAGCACAGCUUAGAAAGCACAUUGAUGCCACAUUAGGCAGUGGAAAUCUGAGCGAAGCAGUGAAGCUACCUCCUGGGGAGGAUUUAAAUGAGUGGCUUGCUGUCAAUACUGUAGAUUUCUUCAACCAGGUGAAUCUCCUUUAUGGCACCCUUACAGAGUUUUGUACCCCUGAGAAUUGCCCGACAAUGUCUGCUGGACCCAAGUAUGAGUAUAGAUGGGCAGAUGGUGUACAAAUUAAGAAACCUAUUGAGGUUUCGGCCCCAAGAUAUGUAGAAUAUCUAAUGAACUGGAUUGAGUCACAGCUUGAUGAUGAAUCCAUAUUCCCACAGAAGCUUGGCGCACCAUUUCCUCGCAACUUCAAUGAUGUUGUGAAGACAAUAUUCAAGCGAUUGUUCCGUGUGUACGCUCACAUAUAUUAUUCACACUUUCAGAAUAUUGUGAGCCUUAAAGAAGAGGCCCACCUUAAAACAUGCUUCAAGCAUUUUAUACUCUUUACAUGUGAAUUUGGGCUGGUUGACAAGAAGGAGCUUGCUCCACUUCAAGAACUUAUAGAAUCCAUUGUUGUUCCAUACUGAGAAAGUGAAAAAUCAAGUGUCAGUGAAGAAUACCUAAUUGAAUCAAGACUGCCUAUUUGUACUUUGAUUAGAUGACCCUCCUUAUAUUUCAGGCAUCAUAGGGUCGUUUGCUUGUGUAUGGAAAGUAGUCCUCCUCUACAAUAAAAAUAUAGUACAAUAUAAUAUCACCACUGACUAAUUAAACUUGCAAAGCUUGAUGUCAGAAUGUAGCUCAUUGCUAGCAAAGUAAUUAUGUAAAUAUCUGUGCCGUUUGACUUACAUAUCAGUUGAUCCAUGUAUGUAU